AUGAAGGUUCUUGUGGUUCUCGCACUUUUCUCUGUUUGCAAUGCCAACAUCCUGUGGCAGGAGCCGCCCAGGAGCAAGCUGCAGGUGGUGGAAGAGGCUUUCUGGGACUAUGUUGCUAAAGCGACGCUGACAGCUGGAGACACAGUGAAGCAGAUCAGAGCGUCGGAGCUGGGACAGGAAGUCAGCGCAAAGAUCUCUCAGAGCGCCGACACCGUGAACCAGUACGUGGUCGCUGUGCAGACUCAGGUGGCUCCUCUCACCCAGGACUUCAUGACCCAGUUUACCCAGGAGUCCGAGCAGCUGAAGGCCCGUCUGGAGAAAGAUCUGACCGCCGUGAGCGCCGGCCUGAAGCCCUACGCCGAGGAGCUGGUGGCACGCCUCCAGAAGCAGGUGGAGGAGCUGAGGAGGGAGGCGACCCCCUACGCUGAGGCCAUGGACCCAGAGGCCCUGAAGGCCGUGCUGCUGCAGAAGAGCCAGGAGCUGAAGGGCCAGCUGGACGUGAGCGUGCAGCAGCUGCAGGCCCAGAUGGUUCCCUACACCCAGGAGAUGAAGCAGAAGAUGGAGCAGAGUCUGGAGGAGUUUCAGACCAGCAUGAUCCCCCUGACCCAGAACUUCCAGACCCAGCUGACGCAGAAGACCCAGGAGCUCCAGCAGAACCUGGCUCCAUACGGAGAGGAGCUGAAGGACAAGCUGGACACCGACGUCCAGAACCUGAAGAAGCAGCUGGCUGCUCUGUGGGAGUCCUUCACUCAGCUGACCCAGUAAACAGACCGUCUGCGGCUCAGACCUCCACAGAAGAUAUUUAUUCAAACUUUAACCAGUGUUCAUUUUAUUAAAUAAAACUUGAUGAUGAAGUUCUGUGUCGCAGGGUCGUGUUGUUUUACACAGUUUGUAAUUAAAAGCUUCACCACAAAUCUACCAUGAUGAAUACCGACUCACACAAAGGAAAAAAAAAUAUACAUUCACACACUAGUUCUUCCCAUAAUGCACUGCAGCACCAUGUCUCCCUCGUGCUUGAACAGACACUCAGGACCCUGUUCAGAGAGACGAGCUGAGGAUUUGAUGCUAACACAAAAACAACAGACGACAAACUCUGAAAACAUGAAGGGAAUUUACUGGAAAGUCUCUCAGGAGUUCUGUGGUUCAUCAUUGUGUUUAAUAAUGUUCUGAGACUUCGUUC